UUGCUACCUAUAAUUAAUACGCCUCUGAUUUAAAGGUAUAGUACGUAUCAUUUCCUUCCGACGCCCAAAGUUGGAAGCAUUCAUCCUCUUAUCUAUUUAUUAUACAUCGAAUUGAUCUUGUUCCACUGAAUCUAUUUUAUUUAGAUGAACACAUAUACUCUUAAAACUUGAUUACUUUUCAACCUUAUCUAUCUGUCUUUCUAGGAAGAAUUUUAUAAUAAUUAAUUUUGUGAGAACCAAAUAUAUGUAGCCUUAUACUUCAAUCAGCAGGUUGGGUAUGCUUUGAUGAAAUCUGAUCUGGUGGCUCGAGCUCUUAGCUAGCUAGCUUCAAAUCACAAUGAAUGCCUGGAAGAAGAUUACCUGCCUAUUCCUGGUUUUUGUGAUAUCCAUGCUGGUUUCACUCUUUGUUUUUAAGGCCAUUUAUGAUGCUUGGGAUAAAGUGAAUGAAGAAGGCGCCAUUAGAGAAGUUGGAAAAGUAAAGCUCAUCAUUCCCAAUGGAAGUUUCAUUCCCACUCUUUCUAGGAAGUUGUUACUCCUGCAUGAUUACAAUGGUACCAUAAACACUGGCUUGGGUAAAAGGUUUGGAUCAAACUCCACUUCGGGUCCGGGUCUGGGUUCGGGUUUAGGGUCAAAGUCAACGAAUAGAAUGGAUGAGGGAGCAUGCGGAUGCACGGACGACGAUAUAGAAGUUGACCAGCAACAAACUAAGCCGAUGCCCAAUGGCAUUCCAACCUACACGGUGGUGAUAAAUAACCUCUGUGACGACGAAAGCUGCAGCAUUUCGAACAUCCACCUCCACUGCGGCUGGUUCAGCUCCGCCCGGCUCAUCGACCCGUCGGUCUUCCGCCGUGUCGGAUACGAUGAUUGCCUUCUCAACGACGGCGCGCCACUCCCCUCCGGAGGUUGGAUCUCUUUCAUGUAUGCUAAUACAUAUCCCUACCCACUCGAGGUGGCAUCUGCGUCAUGUUAGCUAGCCUUUCAAGUAGAG